CUCCCUUUCACUUUGACGGCCGCGGGGACUGAUGACGUCACGCAGGAGCGUCCACACUGACGGUGUUUGGACGUGUAAACAAGUGGACGUGUCUCAUGUAGGACGACGUUGCGGCCGCAUCAUGGAGAAACCUCCGUUCAGGCAGAACCAGAACUGCGGGGACUGGGAGCUGAAAGAACGGCUGGGAAUGGGAGGCUUCGCUCACGUAUAUCUCUACCAGCAUCAAGCGAGUGAUGAGAAGCUGGCGGUGAAGAUGUGCCGACUGGAACUGACGCCGAGGAACAAGGACCGCUGGAGUCGAGAGAUCCAGAUCAUGAAGAAGUUGAACCACAUCAACGUAGUGACUGCGCGGGACGUUCCGGAAGAAAUGAAGUUGAUCGCCAUGAAUGACCUUCCCCUGCUCGCCAUGGAGUUCUGCUCGCGCGGGGACUUGAGGAAGGUCCUGAGCAGACCCGAGAACUGCUGCGGGCUAAAGGAGAGCGAGGUUCUGUCUUUACUCAAUGACGUUGGUUCCGGCAUCCAGUAUCUGCAUGAGAACAAGAUCAUCCAUCGAGACCUGAAACCGGAGAACAUUGUGCUGCAGGAAACCAAUGGGAAGCUGGUCCACAAGAUCAUUGACUUGGGCUACGCCAAAGACCUGGACCAAGGCAGUCUGUGCACGUCGUUUGUGGGCACGCUGCAGUACCUGGCGCCUGAGUUGUUUGAGAACAAAGCGUACACGGUCAGCGUGGACUACUGGAGCUUUGGCACCAUGAUCUUUGAGUGCUCCUGUGGUUUCCGGCCCUUUCUGCACAAUCUGCAGCCCGUGCAGUGGGCCAGCAAAGUGCGGAACAAAGGUCCGAAAGACAUCAUGGCGGUGGAGGAGCCCAACGGAGAAGUUCGCUUCUCCACUCGUCUUCCGUACCCCAACAACCUGAGCAGGACGCUGCUGGAGCCCAUGGAAGCUUUGCUCCAACUCAUGCUCAAGUGGGACCCGGUCCAGAGAGGAGGUGGAGUCCAUCCCGACAGCAGGAAGCCGCUCUGCUUUGAGCUUCUGGAUCAGAUUCUCAGCAUGAAGGUGGUCCACAUCCUCAACAUGACCACGGCCCAGGUGCACUCCUUCCAGCUGGCGCCAGACGAGUCCCUGCACAGUCUUCAGAAGCGCAUCCAGGCCGAGAGCGGGAUCGACGUGGUCCGCCAGGAGCUACUACAGGAGACGGGCGUGUCUCUGGACCCUCGCAAGCCGGCGGCUCAGUGCGUCCUCGACGGUGUGCGAGGCUGGGACUCGUACAUCGUCUACUUGUUCGACAAGAGCGCCACCGAGUACUCGGGGCCAUUCAGCGCCAGACAGCUGCCCGAUAAGGUCAACACCAUCGUCCAGGAGGCCCGAACACAGCUGCCCCUCGCCGCGCUCAAGAAGGUUUGGGGCGAAGCUGUCAGCUACAUCUGCGGCCUCAAAGAUGACUACAGUCGUCUCUUCCAGGGACAGAGAGCUGCCAUGCUGAGUCUCCUGCGCUACAACACCAACCUGACGAGGUGCAAGAACAGCAUGUUCGGAUUCUCCCAACAGUUGAAAGCCAAGCUGGACUUCUUCAGGAGCAGCAUCCAGUACGACCUGGAGAAGUACAGCGACCAGAUGCACUACGGCAUUUCCUCUGAGAAGAUGCUGAAGGCCUGGCAGGAGAACGAGGAGCGAGCGGCGGCCUUUGCUCAGGUGGCGGAGGUGGGCCAUCUGGAUGACGAGAUCAUGGCGCUGCACUCUGAGAUCGUGGAGCUUCAGAGGAGUCCGUACGCUCGUCGCCAAGGCGACAAGAUGGAGCAGCUCGAAGAGAAGGCCAUGGAGCUCUACAAGCAGCUGAAGAUGAAAUGCAAAGUGCCAGAAGCAGACGUGAGCAGCGACAGUUCCGAGAUGGUCAAGGCCAUCAUCCAGACGGUCCACAACCAGGACAAAGUGCUGAAAGAUCUGUACACACAUCUAAGUAAGAUCCUGAGCAGUAAGCAGAAGAUCAUCAACUUGUUUCCGCGGAUCGAAAAGACGCUGGAGAGCAUCAAGGAGGCGGACAACACGGUCAUGCAGAUGCAGAUCAAGCGGCAGCGAGAGUUCUGGCACCUUCUCAAGAUCGCAUGCGCUCAGAACUCUGCACGUAGCUCAAUGGCCGCCAGUCCCGAGGGGUCCAACCCGCCGCAGGUCUCCCAGUGGUCCCAGUCAGCUCCGCCCGUCAGCGCACCGCACCCUCUCACGUCACUUCCCGGACCCAAUGACAGCGACGCCGCCCCCCGCCUGCUGCAGGAGACGCAGAAGUACCUGAGUCAGCUGACCAGCCUCAUGCAGGAAGCCGCUGACGAGCAGGCUAAGAGCAUCGUGGACCAAGACUGGAGUUGGACCAAGUAUGAAACGUUAAGCACCAAACUCAAAAAGAGAAACGCGUAGGUCACACUGCCCCCCCCCCAAUGCUGUUCAACACUAAAGUCAGGAUGUGGCGUUGUCGUCUUGACAUGUAUGAUCCUGGCAUGAAGAGACAGUUGACACACAGGCUUUUUUUUUUUUUUUUUUGGACCCCUCAUGUUGUUGUGCCCCCCCUCCCAUCCAAAACGCUGAGGAAGUCACAACCAACUAAGCCCUGUCACCUUUCUGCUCAUUGAGGACGUGAUCACAAUGAUUGAUUGAUGGGACCAAACAAGCCAGCCACACACACACACACACACACGGUUGCACAUUGAUUUUCACGUUCUUGUGUGUUUGUUGCAGUGCAAUGGACAAAUAUUUGUCAUCUUUCUGAAGGUUCAAUAAAGAUGACUUGACUCUGUGUAAAAAAAAAAAGUCUUUAUUACAGAUGACAGAUGUCAGUGCCCCCUGGUGGACAUCACGUGUAUCACACUCUUCUAUGUACGCUCCCGCGUGGAGCAUCGUAAUGCUAUUUCUGACUUCGCUCCA